AACGAUGGACAACGUAUAGCCUAGAUUUAAUUAACCGGACGCGCACCCCUUUCGACUAUCUCCGUAACCCAACGAAAUUUCCCGUGCCUCAAUCAAAUUUACAAGUAUGUUCGGAAGACAAUUAUUUUUGGAAUCCGUGGACGAUCGGAGCGAACAAUGGAGACGCAACGAGUGCCUUCGGCAACUUGUGACUAUGCGAACGCAGCAGGGACCACCAAUCGCUCAGCUGACAAGAAUGCCCUUAUCCAGAAAUGAUGGAUUUACGCUUGAUCUUAACCUUAUUGUCCUCGAUGAUCCCUAUCUUAGAGCACCUCGAAUAAACACAACCGAUCAGUAUUUACUGGAAUACAUCAGACAGAUGGAAGAGAGAUAUGCGGCGAUGGAAAGAGAACUGACGAGAACCAAGAUGAUGCUACCCUUAAUAUCGCGCAACACGGUUUCCGCGCAUCAAUCGUCGCAGGCGAACGUGAACUGGAAGGAAUGCUCUCUCGCGAAUAAAUACGGAUCGAACGCUGGGAAAUCAUCGGAGAGUCGAAGAGGAACCAUGGUUGGUGCCCGAGAUUUCAAUCAAAACCGAGAGAGAACGAACGUUUUCUCGAGGAGGAUGCGUCACGCGAGACAGGAAGUAGACUCGACCGUGGAUCGCACGAACUGGAGGAACUGCGGGAAUUCUUUCCAGAACGACGUUUAUCCCAUAAGAGAUCCCGCGAGUCACGGAUGCAGGCCAAGAACAUGGGGCAACAAUUCCGCAGCCGUCUGCUCGACGCACAAUGUUGCUAUGAUCAUUCCGCAAGACCCAAUAUCGCCGCCUAACGUUUCGAGACACGACCAAACUCGUCCGAGACCCGACGUUCGUAAAUACUUCUCGAACGGAUAUACGAACGCACGUUUACAAGCGGACAACAAUAAUAUUUUGGAAGCUGAUAGCAACCGCGACGCAGCUAAGAUGUUCGACGGUUCUGCGAAAUCCUCGAUCGCCAUUAACACGCAGAAGACGCAGUUCCUCGUGAAAACUGCGUUGAUGGAAGCUUGCCAAAGAUCCGACGAGAAACAGGAACCGGAAACGUCGCGCUGUAUUGACUCCGACGUUAAACACGAGGAUUAUAAGCAGGCCGGGUUUACGGUAAACGGUUCCAUAUUACCAACAACGGCGGAGCCGAAACUUCGCCGCGAGAACUCUGAACGGAAACCGGCGAGCACCACGUCAGCAGGAUCGAGCGACGAUCUCGCGGAGAAGCGUGCCUUGAAACGCAUCAAGUACUUCGAAAACAGUUUCGCGCGACGCGAGGAGAAUCGUCUCGAGAAGUUGCAGCAAGAGAGGAUCCGGUCGAUGAACGAACAGGCAAGAAAUUUAGCGAGAAUGAUUCAGAGGAAUGCUCGCGCACAGAAAAGAGUGCCGACCCCGAGAAGCAACGUGCACACCGCUUGCACUCCCAUGAUGCAACCUGUGUUAACGAAUCAGAUGCUGGACCCGAACGGAAUGACCAUUCGAUUGCUACGAUUAGCGGUGUUGCUUUACGCCCCGGCACUGCUGCCAGCUCUGAACUCUUUGAUUGCCCAACAAAGUAGUCAAACGACGAUCCCGAUACCGUGUUUCGACGGCUCGAACGACCUGUUGACUCAACUUCUCCGAGUGUUGGGCAGUCAACAACGCGUCCCCAAUCUGUCGUACACAGCGAGUCCACGAUCAGAAGAAACUCCGCAAAAUCCCCGCGUUGCAUCAUCGAGUUCACCGCGCACUAUGUCUAAUCCAGAACCGGGAUUCCAGAGACAGCCCGAGGGAGAAAGCAACUUUUCAACGAACCGGCCGGGAAUAAAUCCAGUCGAUGCAUCCUCGGACAAUCGCGAGGUUUCGAAUGAUUUUUCUGGCCAGUGCAACGAGAGCUGCGCGUGCGAGCGUACGGAGGAAAAUUAGCGCGCUUUCGGCAAC